GGUUAGCCGAAAUCUUCCAAACAAAAGAUUUUUUGACAAGUUCAAUAGAGCUGAGUAAUCGUUAGAUUCUUAAGUGUUUACAGUUUUUUAAUAAUUUUUCUCAAGAAAAAAUAUGUCUGAUUCUGAUAGAAAUGAUAAGCUCUUACAAUUUACAGCAAUUACUGGUGCGGCUGAAGAUAGAGCAAAGUUUUUUUUAGAUUCUGCAGCUUGGCAAGUUGAUGUAGCAUUAGCAAGUUAUUAUGAAAAUAGUGAUGACGGCCAGGUUGAACUGAAUGAAUCAACGGAGGCAGGUUCUAUGGAAACUGAAGAUAUUCCUCCUCAAUCUAAUGACAGUGAAUCCCCAGCUGCUUCUAGUAGGCCUAAGACGAGAUCAAAAAAAACCAAUAGUAAAUUUCGUACUCUGAAUUCUUUAGCAAAGGAAGAAGACGAUGAAGAAGAAGGGCAAGCUUUUUAUGCUGGAGGAUCAGAACAUAGUGGCCAACAAGUGUUGGGGCCAGGGAAACGAAGAGAUAUUGUAGCUGACAUGUUCAAAUCUGUGCAAGAACAUGGUGUGGAAGUGGUGGACCAGCGUCCAAGUACAUCGAGUUCCAGAGCCUUUUUUGGAACUGGCUACAAGUUAGGUGAAACCAGUACAGACUCAGUGGCUGUUCCGGGUGUUGCUCAGCCCCCACAACCAAAUGAAGUGACUCUUAAACUAUGGAAAGAGGGUUUCAGCAUAAAUGAUGGAGAAUUGAGGCCGUACUCGGAUCCACGCAAUAAAAGUUUUCUUGAUAGCAUCAAAAAGGGAGAAAUACCGAUGGAAUUCAAGAGCAAGAGUGGUGGUGAGGUCCAUUUGGCCAUGGAGGACCAUAGAAUGGAGACUUUCAAAGUUCCUGGCAAAAAACACAAAGUAUUCACAGGCACUGGGUAUACUUUAGGAAACCCAGCUCCACCUGUCGUUGGAGCCUGUAGAGAGGAAGACAAGCCUGUCAAUGAACAAGUAGCUAAAGAAAAUUUGCAGUUGGACACUUCUCAACCUGUGACCAGCAUUCAAAUACGGCUAGCCGAUGGUUCGAGAUUAGUUGCCCAGUUCAAUCACACCCAUACAGUGGGUGAAAUAAGGUCUUAUAUUCUAGCUGCAAGGCCGCAGUAUGCAACUCAGAGUUUUGAUCUGUUGUCAUCCUAUCCUUCCAAAGUGCUGGAAGAUUCACAGACAAUUAAAGAGGCUGGUAUAGUGAAUUCAGCCAUUAUGCAGAAAAUGGUUUAAUUUGUUUCCAUCAGUGCAGUGAAGUAUCUUCUCCCAGUAUGAGUUUUUGCCAUUAGGUAUUCAAUAAUAACCGUUGUUGGCAUUUGUACAAGUAUCUAGAAACUUUGGAAUAAAUUAUUUCUACAUAAUCUA